ACCUUCAACUUCUAAUUCUUUUUUUAUUUUCCUUCACUUUCUCUCUGAAAUUUCCUCGUUCUUUUCUCUGAUUUUCUUGCCGUCCAAACGAGUAAAAGAAAAAAAAACAAUGAGAAAAGACGAUUUGUACAUUACGAUUCCGAGUUUUUUUCGGUGUCCGAUAUCGUUGGACGUGAUGAAAUCUCCAGUGAGCUUGUGCACGGGCGUAACGUACGACCGAGCUAGCAUCCAACGGUGGCUAGACAGUGGCAACAACACGUGCCCGGCCACGAUGCAAGUUCUUCAAAGCAAAGAAAUCGUUCCGAACCGGAACUUACAACGACUCAUUCAGAUUUGGUCCGAUUCAGUCGCUCGACGUCAAGUCGACGCCGAAUCGGCGGCUCCCAGCUCAGUUGUUGUUCCCUCUCAAGAUCAGGUCAAACUCUUGGUCAAACAGCUCGACAAAAAUUGUUCUUCGUCUUUGGCGAAAAUAGUUUGUUUUGCUGGAGAAUCGGAGGAGAACCGCGAAUUCCUCGCAAGAAUGGACGGGUUGUUGACCGCGGUGUUUGAUUUCAUGAGGAAUGCGGAAUCGGAUAUCAAUUUAAUGGAACAAGUUGUUUCGAUUUUGGAUUUAAUACAAAGCAAAAUUCAGGACAAGAAGCCGUUGUUGGAAUCAAAUUGCUUGUCAACGAUUCUUCUCGUUCUACAACGAGGAACUUCAGAUUCGCAAAUCCAGUCGCUUCGAUUACUGGAGUCAAUUGCGAUCGAUGGAGAAUCGAAGCUCAAAAUCGCCGAGAAAGAGGGAUUACUACUCGAAUUAGUGAACUCGUUAAGUAAAGAGAAGGAUGAAAGGUUGAUCGAGGCGAGCUUAUCUUGUUUGAGCGCAAUCACAAAGCCCAAAAGAGUGAAAACCAAACUAAUCCAGUAUCGAACCAUUCCAGAAUUAAAGAACCUCUUAUCAGAACCAAACAUGAGCAUUUCGAUAAUCGAGAAAUCACUAAAACUGCUGGAAACGUUAUCGUUUUGCAAAGAAGGGAGAGCGGAGAUACGGCAUGAUUCGAACUUGUUACAAGCGAUUGUGCAGAAAGUGUUGAAAGCGUCGAGCAAAGCGACGGAGCAUGCAGUGACUGUACUUUGGAGCGUUUGUUGUUUGUUUAGAGAGGAGAAAGCGCAAGAAGCAGUGGUGGGAUGUAGUAACGGGCUGACCAAGUUUUUGUUGCUGAUGCAAAGCGAUUGUUCUUCAGCCACUAGGCAAAUGUCGGCGGAUUUGCUAAAGCUUUUUCGGGUAAAUUCCAACUCUUGUUUGUCAAGUUACGAUACUAAGACUACCCAUAUUAUGCCCUGUUGAUGAAUUUUGCUUCAGCUUUCUCUGUUCUUUUUUUUUUUCCUUCGAAGGGGGGAAAUUACCCAAAUGUUGUAAAUCGUUAGAAAAUUUUGUUAGAUCAAAUUACCCAAGAAUAUUGAAUGAAUCAAUUUGGUUUUCGUAUGCUUGUUUGUUGGUGCAAACGACAGUAAUGAAGAAUGACCCGUCGUUGCCGGGUUCUUGUA